GAAGAGGGAAAAAAAAAAAAGAAAAAAGAAAAAAAAGAAAGAAAGAAGGGAAGGGAAGGAAACCCUGGCUCCCCUCUCUCGUUUCCAGCCGCGGCGGCGACGAAAGAGAGAGAAGAGAAACCAUGGAAGACCCCGAUUCUGAGUCUACCCCUCCCGCCCCUUCCCAAAGUACCCCUCUCGCGCCCGCCAACGAUUCCGAGUCUACCCCUCCCGCCCCCCUCUCUCCUGCCCCCGCCGACGAUUCCGAAUCUACCCCUCCCCCGCCUUCCCAUGAUACCCCUCCUCCCCCUCCCACCGACGACUCCGAGGCGACUCCUCCCGCCGCCGCAGCCGACGACCCCGCGCCACCGGCCAGGAAGCGCCGGCGCCGUAAGAAGCAGUUCCCGGAGAUGGUCCCCUCCCACGGUCUCCGUGUCCUCCGCCCCCACUCCGCUCGCUCCUCCGGCGUCGUCUACUCCGAGAAGCUCAUCGACGAGCUCAUCCAGAUGCAGAUCAACGACCUCCCCCCCGCCCCGCGCCGCCGCGGCCGCCCCCGGGGAGCUGCCGGCCCGUCCGCCCUCCGCCUCGCCCGCGAGCUCGACGUCGAGGCCCUUAUCGCCAUCUCCGUGGGCUUCCCCGUCGACUCCCUCACCGAGGAGGAGAUCGAGGCCAACGUCGUCCCUGUCCUCGGCGGCGCCGCCCAGGCUAACUACAUCGUCGUCCGGAACCACAUCCUCGCGCUGUGGCGCUCCAACCCCUCCGCCUGGGUCACCGAGUCCCACGCCAUGGAGUCCAUCCGCGCCGAGCACCGCGCCCUUGUUACCGCGGCCUACUCCUUCCUCCUCGACCACGGUUACAUCAACUUCGGCCUCGCCCCCGCCGUCCUCUCCGCCGCCCCUCGCCGCCCACCGUCCCUCCCCCCGCCCACCGUCGUCGUCGUUGGCGCGGGCCUCGCCGGCCUUGCCGCCGCCCGCCAGCUCCUCGCCCAAGGCUUCAAGGUCGCGGUCCUCGAGGGCCGCCACCGCCCCGGUGGCCGCGUCCUCACCCACAAGAUGCUGUCUCCCGACGGUGCCACCGUCGCCGCCGCUGACCUCGGCGGCAGCGUCCUCACCGGCAUCAAUGGCAACCCCCUCGGCGUCCUCGCCCGCCAGCUUGGCUUCCCCCUCCACAAAGUCCGCGACAAGUGCCCCCUCUACCUCCCUGAUGGUCGCCCCGUCGACCCCGUCGUCGACUCCCGCGUCGAGGCCUCCUUCAACCAGCUCCUCGACAAGGUCUGCAAGCUCCGCCAGGCCAUCACCGAAGAGCUCAAGUCCGUCGAUGUCUCCCUUGGCACCGCCCUUGAGGCCUUCCGCCAGGCCUAUGGUGUCGCUGACUCUCUUGAGGAGCGGAUGCUGCUGGACUGGCAUCUCGCCAACCUUGAGUAUGCUAAUGCCACCCUCCUCUCCAACCUCUCCAUGGCCUUCUGGGACCAGGAUGACCCCUACGAGAUGGGUGGCGACCACUGCUUCAUCCCCGGGGGCAAUGCCCACUUCGUUCGGGCCCUUGCGGAGAACCUCCCCAUCUUCUAUGACCAGACCGUGACUCGAAUUCAAUAUGGGAGUGACGGAGUGAUGGUGUACGCCAACGGGCAGGUCUUUCGGGGUGACAUGGCCCUCUGCACGGUCCCCCUCGGCGUGCUUAAGAAGGGCUGCAUUGAGUUUGUCCCCGACCUCCCACCACAGAAGCAGGAGGCCAUCAAAAGAUUGGGUUUUGGGCUGCUGAACAAGGUCGCAAUGCUGUUUCCUUAUGAUUUCUGGAACGGCGAGAUCGAUACAUUCGGCCACUUGACUGAGGAUUCAAGUCAGCGAGGUGAAUUUUUUCUGUUCUAUAGCUAUUCUUCGGUCUCUGGCGGGCCACUCCUUGUUGCUCUUGUUGCAGGGGAGUCUGCCAUCAAGUUUGAGACAACCUCGCCAGUGGUGCACGUUGAGAGGGUAUUAGAGGUUCUCAGGAGGAUCUUUUCCCCAAAGGGUAUUGAAGUCCCCAAACCAAUUCAAGCGAUAUGUACUCGAUGGGGGUCGGAUAAGUUUGCUUAUGGUUCAUAUUCUUAUGUUGCUGUUGGCUCUUCUGGCGAUGAUUAUGAUGUGUUAGCUGAGAGUGUGGGUAAUGGGAGGGUCUUUUUUGCUGGAGAGGCAACAAACCGGCGGUAUCCAGCAACGAUGCAUGGAGCUCUCCUUAGUGGAUUCAGAGAGGCUGCAAACAUAGUGAGGGCAGCUAGGAGGAGAUUCGUGGUGCCAGUGAUGAUGGAGAGAACGGAUGCUAAAGAGGAAGUUUUGGAUUUGGAUGACCUGUUCCGAACUCCUGAUCUCUAUUUUGGAAACUUUUCGGUUCUUUAUGACCCAUGUUCUUUGGGGUCUGACUGUACUUCAUUGGUACGCGUAGGGAUUGGUGAGAGGAAGUCUGGUUCUGGUUCCCUUUUCCUCUAUGGACUGAUUUCAAGGAAGCAUGUGAUGGAAUUGGCUGAGAUUGAUGGUGAUGAGAAGCGAUUGAGUGUGUUGUACCGCAGCUUUGGCACCAAAUUAGUUGGGAGGAAUGGAUUGGGCAGUCUUGGGGAGAAUCUUAUGGGGCGUAUAAGAGCUGCAAGAAGAGGUAGUUUGAAGACAGGAAUUGUAAAUGGAGUGCAUCAUGCCUAGAAACUUCUUAUAUGCAGCCAGUGCAUUCAUGACCUGUGUUAAACUGGACCUGGCAGCAAAAAGUUGCUGGUUCAUAUCAUUUCUUGUGGAGGCAUAAGAGAAGAUCAUAAUCUGUAUUUAGCGAAAGAGCGUGGAGACAUCAUCCGGAAGGAACACCGGGAUGCUGCAUUCAAUUCUUUCUUUCCUUGAAUUAGGUACUUCUAGCUAACCCUGGCAUCAUGACCUUUAAUAAUUAUAUUUCUCUGAUUGAGUAGGGCCGAGUUGUUUGCUUUGGUGACUGCAGCAUUCUUGCCCAUCAUCUGUUUAGGCCUAAUUAUCUGCUAAGCUGGAGGCUUUUUUAUGGAUCUAACAAUCGCCAUGAGAUGGGUUACAUUAUUUGUUAUAUCGGGUGUAUAAAGUUUGGAUGAUAAUAGGUAUCUUGAGGCCCUUGCUUUAGCUAACAAAUUGUCAUUUAGAUACAAGAAACUUUAGUUGGAAUCGUUGAUUGCUUUUUAUUUAUAUGUGGCGAUUUUGAGAUAGGUUUUGCAUGCAUUUCUUUAUCUUGUGGCAUGAAUGCAAAAUAAACUUUCUUUUCAUUUUUCA